AUGAACUCUGGCCUUCUCACCAAGGCUUCGGGUCCCGCCCGAGCCUUUGCUGCUCGUCACCGGCCCCUGUGCCGGCAAUCCAAGAUGAACGGUGCAGCGUUCCACACGGCCACUGCCACUCGUGGUGCCGCUUCGAGCAAGCGUCCCUCUGUCCAGAGGUCCGGUGCAAAGUCGCCGCCCUUGAUACGGCCCUUCCACGCCACCAGCUCGCUGCUUCAGAAGGACCCGUACGGGACCCUCGGUGUGGCGAAGAGCGCCUCGGCCUCCGACAUCAAAAAGGCAUACUACGGCCUCGCCAAGAAGUACCACCCCGACACGAACAAGGACCCUUCUGCCAAGGACAAGUUUGCCGAGAUCCAGUCCGCCUACGAGAUCCUCUCCGACCCUAAAAAGAAAGAGCAGUACGACCAGUUUGGUGCUGCCGGAUUCGACCCCAGUGGCAACCCCACCGGUGGCGGCGGAUUCGGCGGCGGAUUCGGCGGCGGCGGCAACCCCUUCCACGGCUUCGGCGGCGCACAGGGCGGCUUCGGCGGAGGUUUCAACUUUGACGACAUCUUCUCGGCCUUUGCCGGCCAGCAGGGCGGACCGUUUGGCGGCGCCGGCGGACGUCGGGGUGGACGGUCGAACCCCUUCCAGCAGGAGAUCCUGGUCGGUGACAAUGUCGAGGUCCAGGCCAGCAUCAGCUUCAUGGAGGCGGCCAAGGGCACGAGCAAGACCAUCAGCCUGACGCCCCAGGUUCCCUGCGGCACGUGCGGCGGCAACGGCCUCAAGGCCGGCACGCAGAGGUCGUCGUGCGGGUCCUGCAACGGCACCGGCACACGCGUCCACUUCAUGCAGGGCGGCUUCCAGAUGGCGUCGACCUGUGGCUCGUGCGAGGGCACCGGAACCACCAUCCCCAAGGGCGGCGAGUGCAAGUCGUGCCACGGAGACGGCGUGGUGCGCGAGCGCAAGACCAUCACCAUCGACAUCCCCGCGGGUAUCGAGGACGGCAUGAGGCUCCGCGUCGACGGCGCCGGUGACGCCCCUCCCACGGGCAAGUCGGCCGACCCCAACGCCCGCAGCCAGCGCGGCGACCUGUACGUCUUCGUCCGCGUGGCCAAGGACCCCAACUUCCGCCGCGAAGGCUCCAACAUCCUCUACACGGCUUCGCUGCCCCUCACGACGGCCAUCCUCGGUGGCCAGAUCGAGGUGCCUACUCUCGACGGCGCCGUCAACGUCAAGGUCGCCACGGGUACCAACACGGGCGACAAGAUCACGCUGUCGGGCAUGGGCAUGAACCGACUGGGCUCCCGCAGGGGUGGCGCCGGCGACCUCCACGUCGAGUUCCGCGUCAACAUGCCCAAGUACCUCAGCGCCAACCAGAGGACUCUCAUGGAGAUGCUGGCCGAUGAGAUGGGCGACAAGAAAGCCAAGCGGGUCAUGAACGUGUCGUCGCCGUCUUCCAACCAAGCACCUUCCUCCGAUCCUGAGUCUCACAGGAACGAAGGCUUCCUCAAGUCCAUCUGGCAUAGCCUCACCAACCACCCUGCCCACCAGAACGGGGAGGGAGAGUCGGGCAGCGCCACGGACAGGUCCAAGGACGACAAGUCAGGCAAGAAAGACUGA